UUUAACGCACACCAGUAAAAAAGCCUGAUGGUCACGUGGUGUGAAUGUAUGUUAAACUUGGUGUGUGGACCCACCUGUCCAGACUUUGCACGCCAUUGAGCGACUCCUCUUCUGGGAGCUGGGAAUAACUGCUAACAGAUAUGGCUGACACUGACGAGGUUAUGGAUGAGGAGGUUCAGGAAGAAGUGGACGACUCAAAAUCCAAACCUAAAUUUAUGACAAACAUUCAGGCACCAAAGAUUCCAGAGGGAGACAAAGUAGACUUUGAUGACAUUCACAGGAAGCGUCAGGAGAAGGACCAGUCUGAGCUGCAGGCCUUGAUUGAGGCUCAUUUCAUCCAGAGGAAGAAGGAGGAAGAGGAGCUGAUCGCUCUGGUUAACAGGAUUGAGAAACGUCGUACAGAGAGGGCUGAUCAGCACAGGAUCCGAGCUGAGAAAGAAAAGGAGCGACAGGCCAGACUAGCUGAGGAGAAAGAGAGGAAGGAGCAGGAGGAACAGAGGAAGAAACAGGAUGAAGAUGCUAAAAAGAAGAAAGCUCUUACCAACAUGACCCACCAGUACGGAGGCCUUCAGCAGAGAACUGACGGUCGUAAAGGAGGUAAGAAGCAGACAGAGAGGGAGAAGAAGAAGAAGAUUCUGGCUGACAGACGGAAGCCACUAACUAUUGACCAUCUCAAUGAAGAUAAGCUCAGGGAGAAGGCCAAUGAGCUGUGGCAGUGGAUGAUGGAACUGGAGGCUGAGAGGUUUGAUCUCGCUGAGAAGCUGAAACGACAGAAAUAUGAUAUCACCCAGCUCCUGGUUCGGGUUCAGGACCAACAGAGUGCAAAGGGACGUGGAAAGGGCAAAAUGGGCGGCAGGCUGAGGUAGAAGUGCUGACUGCUACAGAUGUCACAACAGAUGCAGAGUUCAUAGCGUUGUGCACCGUACAGAUUUUUGUGUGUUGUCCUUGUCAUUAAAAAUUAUGCAGUUGAAUGUGAAGAAUUAUUCUCUGUACAUUUCUGCUUGGCUUUUCCCUGUGGUUUGACUUUACAAAUAAAAAAAAAAUGGUUUAGCGUC